UGAUACAUUUGAAACGAGGUCUAGUUGUGGCCGCAACCGGACGACUCUUGGCAGAAUGCAUUGCUUGACUGCCUUGAUGAUAAUCACAAUAUCGUUCGUGAACUCCAGCACCCCAAACGAUUCGUUCUUAAAUUGGAGUUUGGUGAGCAGAGUAUGUUUAGGUUCUACAUCAUAACAAAUUACUUGCAUUCAUUAUUGCACUAUGGGUCAAUUAUCAGUUCUAAACAUGUAUUUUUAUUUUCUAUGCUGUCUGCUGCGUGAUAGACAGUUGAUUGGUGCGUGUAUUAAUCCUGCUAGAAUUCAUUGCGGCCAGUAGGUCAAAUAAACGACUAAAAUGAACGAGUCACUCAGAAAAUUGAAUUAUGACUCAAGUCAGUAAAAAGAGUCGUUCAAAAAGAACGAAUCGUUCGCGAGCUGCACAUCACCACACAGUAGCCUAGCUACCUGUCAGUAAAAUAUAGGACUUCAGAACAGCAGCAGGCACUCGCAUCACAACAACACGGUCGUUGGCAGAGGAAUGGGGGGUAGCUAGCUAGUUAGAUUUCCGAGAAUAAGGAACAGCUCACUACAAUCAAGAUGGUGUCGUGGAUUAUCUCCAGGAUGGUAGUCCUGGCCUUCGGGACCCUCUACCCGGCCUACUCCUCAUACAAGGCCGUCAAGACAAAGAAUGUGAAGGAAUAUGUGAAAUGGAUGAUGUACUGGAUAGUGUUUGCGUUAUUCACGACGGUGGAGACCCUCACAGACUUGUUCAUGUCCUGGUUUCCUUUCUACUUUGAGCUGAAGAUAGCCUUUGUGAUCUGGCUCCUGUCUCCGUACACUAAGGGCUCCAGUGUGCUCUACCGCAAGUUUGUCCACCCCACCCUGUCCAAUAAGGAGAAGGAGAUCGAUGAGUACAUCACCCAGGCUAAAGACCGUAGUUAUGAGACUAUGAUGAGGUUUGGGAAGAGAGGUCUGAACUUGGCUGCUACUGCUGCCGUCACCGCAGCUAGCAAGGGCCAGGGUGUGCUGUCAGACAAGCUGCGUAGUUUCAGCAUGCAGGACCUGACUCUGAUCAACGAUGGGGAGGAGAUGGGCCUGCACUCCUCUGACCCCCGCAUGAGGAGAGAUGCCUUGGACGACAUGGCUACUGGAGCCAACACGCUGCCCCGCGCCAAGACCACGCGCCAGACUCGUUCGUCCUCUGCGGCUCCUCAUCUCGACGAAUCAUCGCAGCACAGCUCGGACCAAUCAGACACCAGGAGCAUCACCACAGAGCAUUCUGAUGAGGACAUCGUGGAGAAGGUCCCUGUGAAACGCACGGCCAGCGUCAAGGCAAACAAGAAACCCUCCACCGCCAAGACAGAGACUACGACUAAGACGGUGAAAAAGACACCAAAGAAGAAGACAACCACCACAGCUACAGCUAGCAACAACGCUGAGUCACCAUGAUACCUGUAUCUACUGACCCCAUCUACACCCUACUGCACACCACUACAGCCAUCUAACAGGCCCUCUCUGUCUCCAGUCCACACACACACACGGACCUCUGGAGUGUCACCCUCGCCGGUUAAGCACAACUCGCAGGUUUAGUUCUACUGUAAAUGGCCAGCAGGUUUAGUUCUACUGUAGAUGGUCAGCUUCAUGUCAACUCACAGGUUUUGUUCUACUGUAGAUGGCCAGCAGGUUUAGUUCUACUGUAGAUGACCAGCUUCAUGUCAACAACACUUGUUUUAUUUAGCCUGCUGCUUACAUUCUAGGUUUUAUAGUCAUUAACCUCAGUGUGUGUGUUUCAGUCAUGCCCUGUUAUCUGGACUGAAAAAGAGUUGCUUCCUUCCUCCUGUACAGUUCAUAGCCCUCUGUGUUGGGGCCCUCCCAGGCCAUCCAAGGCCCCACACUAGAUUGACUUGACAUAAUCAUCUUGGCCCCCUUGGGAACAUAGGGCAUCCAUCACGGCUCUCCACCUCCCUCACUAUGCUAGGGCAUCCAUCACGGCUCUCCACCUCCCUCACUAUGCUAGGGCAUCCAUCACGGCUCUCCACCUCCCUCACUAUGCUAGGGCAUCCAUCACGGCUCUCCACCUCCCUCACUAUGCUAGGGCAUCCAUCACGGCUCUCCAUCUCCCUCACUAUGCUAGGGCAUCCAUCACGGCUCUCCACCUCCCUCACUAUGCUAGGGCAUCCAUCACGGCUCUCCACCUCCCUCACUAUGCUAGGGCAUCCAUCACGGCUCUCCACCUCCCUCACUAUGCUAGGGCAUCCAUCACGGCUCUCCACCUCCCUCACUGCUAGGGCAUCCAUCACGGCUCUCCACCUCCCUCACUAUGCUAGGGCAUCCAUCACGGCUCUCCACCUCCCUCACUAUGCUAGGGCAUCCAUCUCGGCUCUCCACCUCCCUCACUAUGCUAGGGCAUCCAUCUCGGCUCUCCACCUCCCUCACUAUGCUAGGGCAUCCAUCACGGCUCUCCACCUCCCUCACUAUGCUAGGGCAUCCAUCACGGCUCUCCACCUCCCUCACUAUGCUAGGGCAUCCAUCACGGCUCUCCACCUCCCUCACUAUGCUAGGGCAUCCAUCACGGCUCUCCACCUCCCUCACUAUGCUAGGGCAUCCAUCACGGCUCUCCACCUCCCUCACUAUGCUAGGGCUUUGCUGCUUAGCAGGAGAUCCUCACUGGUUUAUUGGAGAUGCAUUCUCUAUAAACGUACAUUCCAGUCAGAGUAUGGUAACUCUAUUGGAGGGUAGCUGGGGGCCGCCAUGAAUGGAAAGGUAGACUAGUGGACUAGGCAUGUGUGAAGGAGAGAUCAGGGAGGGAACAGAGUAGAGAGGGAUGGGCGCCAAAGGAUCAGUAUUGUUGUUCCUGGCCUCUACUCAACAUGUCCCAACUACAGAGACUACAGUCUCACCGUUGGUUGUAGCAGUAGUCCACAGAGCAGGUCUCUGUCCUUUUUGGGCAGUCUGUCUGACUACAUAGAUGGGGUUGUGUGAUCUCUGGAAGGCAGAGGACAUUCUGGGAGCACUUAUCUCUAACAGUGUUAAGCCGAUGCCAUGGUUACCCAUAUCAUUCACUCUACUGUAAUGGAGCAGUAGACUGAUGAACACUUGGUCACGCGCCCACAGAGCGAUGAAGAGAUCUGUUUGUUCUCUCUCUCCUCUCCCUCUGGACAGCUCUACCCUCUCACUCCGUUCAGCUCAGAACGGUCCAGCGGAAAGACACACAGCUUCAGGUAUCAUUACCUUUUCUGUCUGACUGUGUGUGUGUACGAUGUGCAUGUGUAUAUUUUUGGAACAUGACCAAGCUUUUGUUUUUCCCCUCUCUGUUGUCCCAACUGCAUAGAGACAGAAUGACAGAGUUCUCUGACCACUUAUAAUAAGAUAAUCAUCCACAAGGUCUUAGACUACAGCUCAUAGCAUAGCUAAACAGUACAGACAACCAACAGUUAAUUUCACUUUGUUAGACUUGUGCUUAAGGUUAUUUUUGUUUACUCUGAAUUGACUGGCUUAUAGGAUGUAAGAGUGGCUUAGUGGUCACCAAGCUAAUGUCAAUGCUCUGUUGACACCAGGCUACAUUAUGAAACACCACUAUCGAUCCCCGUCUUGUUUCAGUGUGUUUAUAUUGUGAGAGCUGGCUGUGUCAGGGUGGUGUAGUGCCCUAUUAGGAAGACCUUCAGGUGAGCCUGGCUUAGCUAAGUCUGGGUCUUACCUGGGUCAGAUCACCCCAGUCUGACUAGGCAAAUAUCUGAGGGAUCUACUACUAUUGUAUAAUAUAUGACUGUCACACUAGGUAUUGUAUAAUGUACGACUGUCACUUCACAGUAUUUUGUCCAGUGUUUUCACUUCUAUUCCUGAAUGGGUUAGCUAUCCAUGACUGACCUCUACUUCUGGGACCGUAUCCACAAAGCGUCUCGGAGUAGGAGUGCUGAUCUGGGAUCAGGAACCCACCUUUCCAAAUGAUCUUAUCAAUUAUGGUCUGAAAGGCCAAACUGAUCCGAGAUCAGCCCUUUACUGAGACUCUAUGUAUACAGGCCCAGAUCUGUGUUAUUCUAGGGUCUGGAUCAUAUCAUUGUUUCUCUGAACAAUAAGGCGAGCAGCUCUGCUAGCAUAUCCUCUUAAUGUGUCAUCUCUGACUGUAGCCUCCUCAAACAUGGUGGAAACUGUCUUACCCUGUUAGAUAGGAUGCUGUGGACAAGUUAUUACAUCUUAGUUGGAUAAGUAAUGCUGUCUCCCAAUAGGGUAUAAAGCUGUUAAAGUGAUGUGCUCUGCUAGUGUUUUACUUCAGAAAGACAUAGACAUUCAUCCAUAGCAUACUGGUUGGGCAGGCAGGAUACUUAGACUCUGUCAAGGCACCUUUCCACCAUGUGCUUCUCUCAAAUCUAGUGUGUGUCUUGGGUUGGAACCUAAGGGGUUGAUUGUGGAUUGGGUGUGCAUUAGGGGUUGUUUUUUGUGGGACAUGCCCUUGCUUGGGGAAGGGUUUAUUUGGAGUGCUCUGUAAUUGAGUGUAUGAGACUACUGCAUUUCUGUGUUGCCGCUGUCUGAAUUGUGACACUGGUUUGAACCAGUAGGGGGAGACAUAACCGUUUUCAAACUACUGAAGUGACUGCAGAGGUACUUACAAGUACACACUGUAUGUAUGUAUGUAUUACAUGUACACACUGUAUGUAAAUAGUCAUUCUCUGACUAUGAGUUUGCUUGCCUUAUCACUCUGUUCUUGAAUACAAUGUUUAUUUUUUUUGCUUUUUAAAACUAUAUAUAUAUUUUUAUUUCUUUGGAAUUUAAUCUGAAAUCUUAUUAGACAAAUCAUAUUGCAUUUCCUUAAGAGGAGGCACCUCAGCCCCACUGUAAGGCCUUAUGCUGUGAAAAGUGCUACUUGUGUGUUUAAUCUCUUCUGAAUUUCUCUCUCUCUUCUAUCUCAAUAAGAGGCAUUUUAAUUGGUCAGUGAUAGCCAAAUAACAGUUGAUUUCCUUGUCCCAGUACUGUAGGACAUUGCUCAGUAGAGAAGUGGAAUUCCUCAGCCAGGUAUUCUGACAGUGUGUGUUUGGUAACUACCAAACUGAAGUCAUGUAGUCCCAACCUGUCUGUUCUUCCCUUACUAUCAGGCUGGUUACCUUAUCCACGGCAACAUAGCAAUUCCUUUUUUCUAUUCUGUUUUGAUUUGCUACAGUUUGCACUGAAGAAAAGAUGGCACACACCGUAAACACAUUCUUGCUGUCAUGGCAACACUACUUGACAUUAUUUUAACCAGUGUUCAUAUUAUUUUGUAAUAUUUGUUGAUUUAUUGUUGUGCGUUUGGUAUCAGUGUUAUCGUGUACAGGAACUCUCAUUGAGAGAGAAUAUUCUACAUUAAUAUAUUUUGUGCCAACUAUCAAUACUCCACUGUUGUAAAGGACAAGAUGUUUCUGUGCUGAGAUAAUGGUAUUUAACAUGGACUGAAUGACAGUCAUAUACCAAUAACAAUGCUACUAAUAAAGAAUAUAAAUCUUA